AUGCAGCAGCGGUUAUUUCCACCUUCAGAUUUUUUCUCUGGGCAUUCGGUGGAAGAUGAGUGGAUUUCUCGGAAGUCUCCCAGACCUGAGGUCCCUGAGCUCAGCACCGCUCAACCAGCGUUGCAUUCUUCCGCUGCAGCAUCAGCAGGUCCUUCGAUGUCCGAACGCCUCAUAAUGCAGGGGAUUCCAGGGUAUCCACUAGCUUCUUCUUCAUUAUCUCCUGCUACUGCUGAUACAGAGGCUUCAGGGGAUGAAGCUGACACAGCUCUUGCGACAGGGGCAGCAGCAGCAACUGCAGCAGCUGCACUUGAGCAACCUAAUGAUCGCCUCUCUUUUGAUGCAUCGGCAGAACAUGAAGAAGAGGCGAAGUCGGAGACGACAGGUUCUUCUACGUCCCUAACUGGUGGCAGUAGUGAAGGUGCACGAGCAGCAAUUGCUGGAACAACAGCAAACUCAGCAGCAGGUUCGGCUUUGCCCGCAUCAAUAUCUGCUCCGGCAGUAAAGGAGUUGCCAGGGGCUCCAGACGGUACCCUUGCAGCAGUGAUGGAAUGCCCGUUUGCGCGUCUUCCGGAGCCAAUGCUGGAGGCGACGCCUGUUUCGCAUAUCAUUGAUUUGAGGCGCGCCUUGACCAGUGGGCCCAGCACGCAGAACCCCGUGCCGCUGCAGAACGCCCAUGAGCUGCUGCCGCAGACGGUUUUGUUUUCACCCCAAAUGGAGUAG